AUGAAGAUUCUCUCAUUCUGCAACAGCUCCAGAGCCAGCUCCCCUCUCCCCGGUUUUAUUGUUUUCUUCUUUACUUGUUAUGUUCACAAGAUGGAAUCAGCAAAGUUCACAGUGAUUGGACCCCGUGACCCUGUCACCACCAUCCUGGGUCAGGAAGCUGUGUUACCCUGUCACCUGUCCCCGCCGAUGAGCGCUGCAAACAUGGAGGUGAGAUGGUUCCGUUCUCAGUUUGUAUCCUUUGUGCACCUGUAUCGUGAUGGGAAGGAUCAGUAUGAAGGGCAGAUUCCAGAGUAUCAGGGAAGAACAGAGCUUUUAAAAGCCGGACUCACAGAUGGAAACGUUCUCUUGAGGAUUCUCAAUAUCAGACACUCUGAUGAAGGACAAUACCUGUGUUUUGUUCAAGACGAUACUUUUUAUGAAGAAACAGUAUUGGAACUGCAGGUAGCAGGUCUGGGCUCUGCUCCUCUCAUCUCUGUUGAGGGUCACCAGGAUGGAGGGAUCCGGGUGGUUUGUCGAUCAGCUGGUUGGUACCCAGAGCCUGUGGUGCUGUGGAGAGAUCUCAGUGGGCGUCAUUUACCAUCACUCUCUGAAACAAAAUCCCGAGGCGAUAACAACCUGUUUGAAAUAGAAACUGCACUCAUUGUGAAAAAACAUUCAAACCAAAACUUGUCCUGUUGCAUCAGGAACACCAUUCUCAAUCAAGAAAAGGAAUCAGCAGUUUAUAUAGCAGAUUCCCUUUUCCCGAGGGUGAAUCCCUGGAUGGUGGCUCUGAGUGUGAUCCUGAUGGUUUUGUUUGGUUUCAUUGGCCUCACUGCUUAUCUCUUUAAAAUGAAAGGGAAACUUACAGAAGAAGUCGAUUGGGCCAAUAACCAGACUCUGGAUCCAGACACGGCUCAUCCCCAACUCGUCCUGUCUGAGGAUUGGAAAAGUGUGAGAUGGGGAGACCGAUGGCAGCGACUACCCAACAACCCUGAGAGAUUUGACACUGAGCGCUGUGUGCUGGGCUGUGAGGGAUUCACCUCGGGAAGACAUUGCUGGGAGGUGGAAGUGGGGGCUGGGCGAUACUGGGCUGUGGGGGUGGCCAGAGAGUCUGUGAGGAGGAAGAGAUGGAUCAGCCGUAGCCCUGAAGGGGGGAUCUGGGCUGUGGAGCGAUGGGAAGGUCAGUUCCGGGCUCUCACCUCCCCUGUGACCCCCCUGCCCCUGAGCCGGGCCCCCAGCAGAAUCCGGGUUUGUCUGGACUGUGACUGGGGGCAGGUGACAUUUAUCGAUGCUGGUGACGAGGCCCCGAUCUUCACUUUCCCGCCGGGCUCCGUCCCUGGGGGGAGAAUCCGACCCUGGUUCCUGGUGGGGUGGGGAGCCCAGCUCAGACUGUGUCCCUGAGACUGGGGACCCUGAAAUCUGCCUCUCUAGCUCUCACACAGCCCAGUCUCUAUGACUCUGGAGGACUCCAUCUACCCAGCCCCCAGCACCUCAUCUCUAUGGCCCCUAUAAGCU